UGCGUGACGAUGUUUGCGUACGUGCAAUACCUAAUCGAUGGCAAGACGGCUGUCGUGAAGCACAGCGCAAUCACAGACUUCAAGCCCAAGAACGUCGCAGAUUUCCAGCCUACCAAAUCUUACAGCGUUUACUGGGCUGGAGAUGACAGCACAGACGGCGACUUCUAUGAAGCGCGGAUCCUGCAUCUCACUGAAUCGAUGGAGGAGAUGAAAGCAUAUAUGGAAAAGCGCCCCAGGAAGGUUGUGGUGGAUUUACCAAAAGGACGAAAGAGGAACAAAGAAAAGGUGGAGCAGUCCCAAAAAAAGUUGAGGACGGACGCACGCAAGAAGUCUGAGCUGGAGCUGGUGGACGAAGUCCUGCAGGACGACGAGUCCGACUUCGUCCCCAGAAGUGUUUAUACAGCUUUGCAGCUGGAGCUGCAAGCUGUGCAAAGUGAGCUUGACAGCUUGCGAGAACAAUUGAGGCAAAAUACUCAUGCAGUCUCCUCGGCACAGCAGGUUCCUCAAGAUCAAAGCAGUGCCUUGCUAAGAGGCACUUGCAUAUGUGCCGAGGAGCACUAUAAGGAGCUAAAGGAGGAAGUUCGGCAGCUUCGUGGCAUGAACAUGGAGCUGCAGAAGACACUGUCGUACAAGCUUUUUCAGAGUGAAAGCAGAGUUGUCUACGCCACAUCAUUUGAUGUGUCGGUACGGGCGCAGCCGGACCCUGUCACCCCUUUGAACAUUGGAGGCAAGUUCUAUCUUUUGCUCAGUUUGUGGUAUUUUGAUAUUCUAGGGUCCACAACCAGUGUUGUGCCUGCACCAAGGGUGCACUGUCAGACAGGACGUGCAAGACUCCCACUUCACAGGACCACCGUCCCAGAGGAGUUGGCCCACAGAGAGUCUGCAACUGUCCAACAGGAUGCUGCUGCUGAUGAUUCUCCAGAAUGUGGAACUCCUCACAACAAUGAUGCUGCAGCAUCAAACUUUGACAGAUCAGGAGAGUUGGAGUCUGUGGAAACCUUGGCGCCAGUACCAUUGGAAAAUAUAGGCGAUCUUCAUUGUGAGGAGGUUGCCGAUGCAGAUUUUCAGUACGGCAACUCGGAGUUUGUAAUAGGCUCCAGAAGAGAUGACGGAAAGGUUUAUGCAGGCAGCGGCUUCUGGGUGGACCAGAAAGCCUGGGACUGCUUGUUUAGUGCGUCGACAGACUCGAUGUUCUGCAGAAGCGCUGCUACCGUGUUGUGGACGGCAGAGCAAUUGAAGACGAGGAGUGUCACGGGGACCCUUUCAAACAAAGCCCGUUCCCUUGGCUACACCGAGGCAAAGCCACCACUCACGCCAGAAAAAAUCUCGUCUCUAAAGGCGAUGCUUGCCAUCUACAUGGGCGACGUUCCAAAGGAGGUGGCGGACAAGCGAAUGAAGAUGGUCCGCAAACAUCUGUCGCAGAAGCUUGGCGAUGUGCAGCGGCGUUGAAUGAAAGCAUCUUGAAUAAAUGUAUUAGAGCCUUCAGGUUCCCAGAUGUCACAGCAAUGCAUACUCUCAUGUCAUGGAGGAAGAGUACAAUUUAAUGAAGAGAAAGGAGGAGAGGUCGGCCUGGAGAGCCUGCCUCUAGCCUGCUACUCUUCCCUGGGGAAAGGGGAAACAGUAAAUACAGCGAAGGGUAGGUGGCAUAUGUGAUUAUGUUAUGGUACAAUGAGCUAAUAUAUACACGUCCAAUAUGCGGAGGCGCACUGUAGACGCAAUACACGCAAGAGUAAUCUUGUCCACAGAAUAAGUUAUCAUGCAAACCCAUUUUGCACUGUCUGCAUGUCUCGCAGGUUCUAGAGGCAAUCGUCUAAACCAGUCUCAUGUAGAAAGUUCAAGAGACUUCAUGGCACAUUGGGCACAGUCAACUCUUCACCACAUGCCCAGAAUCUUUUCUUCCUAAAAGGGGCGAUAGUCCAAGCAGUCAACACUAGACUUAAGUGUUCUUCGUUCGCCCGCUUAGUGAGGGCACACACAAAUACUUGAGCUAUUGUCUCGGGAGUGUGACAGACGCUACAGUGCUGAACACGAAGGCUGUGAUGUGCAAUUUUGUUGCCUUUGACCCUCCUGUUGCUUGUUGCCCAGAAAGAGUAAUAGAGCACCAACAAGAUGACAUGGGAUGGGACACACUCAAGCACAAGUGUGUUACCCAUUAUGUACUUG